AUGACCGUUUCUCUGCACAAGUUUUCUCCUGGAUUCUUCCCAGGGACCGGAGAUGUGAGUGACACCGGUUUGGGGAAAGGCCGGUGGUACGCAGUGAAUGUGCCCAUGGAGGACGGCAUCCAGGACGACCGCUACUACCAGGUCUUCACCAGCGUCCUCCAGGAGGUGUUCUCCACAUUUAACCCGGAGGCGGUGGUGAUGCAGCUGGGGGCCGACACUAUGGCCGGAGACCCCAUGUGCUGCUUCAACAUGACCCCAGUGGGAGUGUCCCGCUGUCUGCUGUAUGUGCUCCAGAGGAAACUGCCCACGCUGCUGCUGGGAGGAGGAGGUUAUAAUCUCGCCAACACCGCGCGCUGUUGGACAUUUCUCACUGCGGCAGUUUUGGGGAAAACUCUUUCAUCGGAGAUCCCUGACCACGAGUUCUUCACAGAGUAUGGCCCGGAUUACUCCCUGGAGAUCAGCCCGAGUUGUCGACCCGAUCGGAACGAUUCCAAACAUCUGGAGAACGUCCUGUCCACCAUCAAAGGGAAUCUGAAGAAUGUGGUUUAG